AAUCAAAAAUCAAAAAACCAAAUUUGUAAUCGAAUUCGGAUCGAAGAAGAAGAAGAAUCAGAUCUCUCUCUCACGAUGUCUGGAAAACAGCAAAAUCAUCAUCGUACUACUUCAUCCAGACCCAGAUCCAAAACCCUAUUCCUCAUCAUUCCCCUCGUCGCCUUCUCUCUUCUCGUUAUUCUCUACACCUUCUUCUCUUCCUCCGCCCAACCCUCCGUAUCCUAUGUAAACUCGUCGGACCGGCCAGAGACGUCCUUCGUUACCUCGCUUGAGCAUUUUUUAAUCCAUAAAGCGCCGAAGCUCACUUCACCGGCUAGAGACGACACGGUUCGUGGCGAGAGUGAUGAUGACGACGCGAGGAAGCUCGACGAGAUGGUGUUUGAGAGAGAGAAUCGUUUGUUGAGCGAAGAUCCUGUUGGAUUUCCGAUUAAGGUUUACGUUUACGAGAUGCCGAAGAAGUUUACUUUCGAUCUUCUGUGGUUGUUUCACAAUACUUACAAAGAGACUUCGAAUGCUACCUCUAAUGGCAGCCCUGUUCAUCGCCUUAUCGAACAGCAUUCAAUUGACUAUUGGCUUUGGGCUGAUUUGAUAUCUCCUGAAUCCGAGAGGCGGUUGAAAAGUGUCGUGAGGGUUCAUAAACAGCAAGAUGCAGACUUCUUCUAUGUUCCUUUUUUCACUACGAUCAGCUUCUUCUUGUUGGAGAAGCAGCAAUGCAAAGCACUCUAUAGGGAAGCUUUGAAGUGGGUCACAGAUCAGCCUGCUUGGAAGAGGUCCGAGGGAAGGGAUCACAUAUUUCCCAUUCACCAUCCCUGGUCUUUCAAGUCCGUCCGCAAAUUUGUGAAAAAAGCAAUCUGGCUUUUACCUGAUAUGGACUCCACUGGGAAUUGGUAUAAGCCUGGGCAAGUUUCACUGGAGAAAGACCUAAUUCUUCCUUAUGUUCCCAAUGUUGAUAUUUGUGAUGCCAAGUGCUUGUCAGAAAGUGCACCAAGGAGGACCACACUACUUUUUUUCCGAGGGCGGUUGAAGAGGAAUGCUGGAGGUAAAAUACGUGCCAAACUCGGUGCAGAACUAAGUGGUAUCAAGGAUGUUAUUAUUUCUGAGGGGACUGCUGGAGAGGGAGGAAAAUUGGCAGCUCAAGGUGGCAUGCGUAGAUCUUUAUUCUGUUUGUGUCCUGCUGGUGACACACCAUCUUCGGCGAGGUUGUUUGAUGCCAUUGUCAGUGGCUGUAUACCUGUUAUAGUCAGUGACGAAUUAGAAUUUCCUUUUGAAGGAAUACUUAAUUACAAGAAGGCUGCUGUGCUUGUUUCUUCCAGUGACGCAAUACAGCCAGGGUGGCUUGUAAAUCAUCUGAGAAGCCUUAAGCCCUUCCAAAUCAAGGAAUUGCAGAAUAACCUUGCUCAAUACUCGCGGCAUUUCCUAUAUUCGAGCCCUGCUCAGCCGUUAGGUCCAGAGGACUUGACAUGGAGAAUGAUGGCCGGAAAGCUGGUGAAUAUCAAGCUUCACACGAGGAGGUCACAGCGGGUCGUGGAAGGAUCUAGGAGUAUUUGCAGAUGUGAUUGCUGGAGACCCAACUCAACAGCUUCCAAUUCUUUCAGUCCUCUCUUGUCUUAAAAUCUAUCACUCUGACCCAGUUAAAUAUACUGUUGAGUGUUUAUCCAAAUAACUUCUCACCAUAUUGCUUACCAUAUUUUAUAUAAUUUAUGCUCAUACUUUUAAAUUCGCAACUUGUGGUUAAAGAAUGAAUGGAACUAUGAUAACUUGAGGGCAGAA